GCGCUCGCUUGCCCGCCUGCUCCCCCAUUUCUCCCGGCGCCACGCCCUCGCCCCUCUCCUGCAUCGGCCGCCACCUUGACGCUCGCGCCGGCCGACGCUUGGACACCUCGCCAUCCCGACGCUGCCACGGUCCGCCACCCCGCUGUCGGCCUGGGCGGUGACCCCUUCGCCGUCUCGCCUGGACCCGGCUGCCUCCGGCCUCGCCUCGCCGGAUCCCGCCGCCGCCGGCAUCAGCCAGGCCGGAUCUGUGGAGAGCCCGGCGCAGCACCGUCUGCAGUGCUUUGGUAGAUUUGAAGAGAGGACUGGUCCUUCAAUAACAAAUCCCCAACAUAUUCAGCAUACAACCCAUCUCGACAGACACUAGCCAUGGUGACACCCGCCGAGGCCGUCGGGGGCAUGCUCGCCUCAGCCGUCAUCAAGGUGGUGAUAGGCCAGAUCAGUUCCAGCAUCACUGGCGAGAUCAAGCUGCACAAGAACAUGAGGGAGGAUCUGGAGAAUAUGAAGAUGACCCUCGAGUCGGUGGAGGCCGUGCUCAGCGAUGCCGAGACACGGUCUAUCAAGCAUGAACCGACUCGUCUGUGGCUGAACCGGCUCAAGCAUGCUGCCAAUGACAUCGCUGACAUGCUUGAAGAUUUUGAAGAUGACACCGACCUCAACCUGUGGGCAGCUACGAUGAAGAAGAUUAGGAUGCCACGAAAGAUGAAAAAGGUGCAAAAACGCCUAGAGAAGAUAAAAGACGAUCAUAAUAAUUAUGGAUUUCUAACAGAAACUCACAGGAAAGAGCAGCCAGUUACUGAUAUCCGGGAAACAGCAGGGAGUAUGGUGGAAGAAGAAAUCAUUGGGAGGGAUGCUGAAAUAUUGGAAAUCAUGGCUUGUUUAUCUGGGAGCACCACUCAAGGGACCACCAUCAUCCCCAUAUGGGGCAUUGCAGGCAUCGGAAAGACCACCUUGGCAAGAUGGGUUUUCAAUGAUUCCCAGUUCAAAGAAUACUCUCGGGUGUGGGUCUAUGUGUCCCAGAUAUUUGACCUCAAAAAAAUUGGCAACACUAUAAUAUCACAACUAUCACAACAAAGCCCAAUAUCUGAUUUGCAUGGUGUUCAUACUCGUCUCCGGGAGCUGUUUACUGGUAAGAAGAUCCUGAUUAUUUUGGAUGACCUGUGGGAGAAUGAUCUCUUUAAACUAAAAGAAUUGAAGGAUAUGCUAAAACUGGGUGAGGGGAGCAAGGUGAUGGUUGUGGUAACUACACGAGAAGAAAGCAUUGCGAAGGAAACUGGUACCAUUGCUCCAAGCCAAUUACCUCCCUUAACAGAUGAAAUCUGCUGGGAUAUUAUUAAACAAAAAUGUAACUUUGAAGCUCGUCCUGACAGAGAGCGUUUGGAGCCGAUUGGGAAGGAAAUAGCAACAAAAUGUGGAGAUGUGGCUUUAGCUGCUCAAUCGCUUGGACACAUGUUGAAAUGCAGGCCGUACGAAGAAUGGGAUGCCAUUAAAGCCAAUCAUAUCUGGGAACUGUCUACUUCUGAAGAUACACUGAAUACACAAGAAGUGCUUGCAUCUUUGUUGUUAAGCUACAACUUGAUGCCUCCACGCUUGAAGUUAUGCUUUGCUUAUUGUGCAAUCUUUCAAAAAGGUCACAAUAUGAUUAAAGAUGAUCUAAUUCAUCAAUGGAUUGCUCUUGGAUUCAUAAAGCCAUCCCGUAUGUUCUCUACCUGGCAAUGCGGUCAGAGUUAUGUUAGGCAGCUUCUGCAAAUGUCCUUUCUUCAGUAUUCUAAAACUGACACCGGAACUCUCGAGAGAAAAGAUGCUACAAGGUUCACUAUGCAUGACCUGGUGCAUGACCUUGCAAGAUCGGUCACGGCUGAAGAAUUUGACUUGGAGGGCCCGAACUGCCGCUAUGCAUGUAGAACAGAUUGUGAGAAACCAUUAAAGCCAUCCCCGACUUCACCUGCAAAGCUAAGGGCUCUGCAUAUUGUGGACCAUGCCUACAAAGAAACUGAGUUCCAUCAUGAUGCAGAUUCACCAGCUAAGUACAUCCAUGUCUUAGAUUUACACAGAGGCUAUUGGCAUGAGUUGCCAGAUUCCAUUGGUCAACUGAAGCAGUUGAGGUAUCUUAGCGCUCCAUUGAUCUGGGGUCAAAUGAAUCCAAGGUUUAUUGGCAUGCUCUCAAAAUUGAAUUAUCUCAACCUUCAUCAUUGUGGUCUCUCAACAUUGCCAGAAUCGAUUGGCGAGAUGAAAGGUCUGAUGCAUCUUGACUUGUCUUCUUGUAAGAGCCUAAAAGAACUCCCAUUGUCAUUUAGGAAGCUCACAGAGUUGCUAUAUCUGGAUUUGUCAAACUGUGAUGGCCUUUUAGGGAUACCCCAAGCUUUGGGUGGCCUUACCAAACUCCAAUAUUUGGACUUAUCACAGUGCCAAAAUCUCGGAGAGCUGCCAGAAGUCAUCCGCAUGCUCACUGAACUCCGCUAUUUGAAUCUAUCAUGGUGCAUGCAUCAUAUCUUUGACAGCUCAUCAACUGAUCAUGCUGCAAGUUUCAUUGACUGUAUCUGCAAGCUUCCCAAUAUGGAGCAGCUGCACUUGUCUUGCCAAUAUCAAUAUAAAUAUCCUCUUAGCAUACCAGAAAGUGCUACCUGCCUCAGUAAGUUGGCUCUCGAUGGGUGCUACAGUGUUACUCGGAUUCCAGAAUGUGUGGCUAAAAUGGAUACUCGAAGCCUUUUUGGCUUGUUGCCGAACUUUCUGGUAUAUUCAGAUAAUACGGAAUCUAACAGCAACCUUGCCUUGCUUGAGCAUACAAAUCCUGAACGGCUGAGUAUCACUGUGCUUGAAAAUGUGAAGUUCAUAGAAGAGGCACACAUUAUAAAUCUGAGGGAGAAAAGUAGCAUUGUUGAUCUGAGAUUAGGGUGGACCGAAGAUGGAGAGAGAUACGUGGAAGACAUGGAGUUGCUGAGGGAGCUAGUGCCGCCAACCACUUUGCAGGGGUUUGAGAUAUAUGGUUAUUGUAGUCUCCGUUUUCCAGACUGGCUAAUGAGUAUUAUAUGUUAUCUCCCUAAUCUUGCCCGCAUUAGGUUGUCCGACUUGCCAAACUGCAAGAGUCUACCACCACUCGGCCAACUACCAAACCUCCGAGAGCUUAUUCUGAGCGAGAUGAAAAGCCUGGAAGAAUGGAACACAUCAUCCUCGAGUGGUGAGGAUAGUGUGAAUGGGCUCAUGUUCCCUAAGCUCGAGGAAGUGAAUAUAGGUGGUUGCCCCAAGUUGAGGGUAAAACCACACCUUCCUAGAGCUGCAUCUUGGAGUAUACACAGAAGUGAUAAUGUGUUCAUAUCUUGGGGAGAGAGCAUAUCCUACACUGGUGCUCCCUCAUCUUCUUCUCCAGCAUCUACUAAGCUGGAAGUUACAGGCAGCAAUUUGCAUCUGCAUCAGUGGAGUUUGCUUCGCCACCUACCUGCCCACAGUGAUUUGGAUAUCUAUGGUUGCAGUGAUUUGACAAUCUCACCAGAGAUCAUCCAGGCCCUCCACUCCAUCAAAUCACUGAAACUAGAUAUGUCAAACAGUGAAGAACAGGUGGAAUGGUUUGCAGACCUCACGUCUCUUCAGCAUCUAACAUUAUGGGAGUACAAGAAGCUAGAGCAAUUGCCUGCUAACAUGAGGCAACUCACACAGCUCGAAUCAUUAAAAAUGUACGGCUGCCAAAGCAUGACAUCACUGCCAGAAUGGUUAGGAGAACUCACCUCUCUCAGGAAACUUGAAAUUCUGUGGUGCUUUGCCAUCAAGACAUUGCCAGAGAGCAUACAGCAACUCUCAAACCUCCAACAAUUGAAAAUUCUUGGCAACCCCGAAUUGAGGAAGUGGUGUGCAGAAGACGAGAACAAGGCAAAGCUUGCUCACAUCAAAGAAAUGCUUACUGAAUCUGACAAAGACGAAGCCACUAUGGCAGAGCCAGCAGAGCCGCAACACUGUGGAUGCUUGGGAUUCAUGGGGUUUAAGGAGGAUCAAUGAGGAAAAAAAAUGAUUCUAAACUCUUACUGAAGCUGCACCUGGGCUGCAGUUUUCUGAAGCUGGUGAAGAUGAGGUCACUCCGGCAGAGACACAACAUUGUUGCUGUUUGAAAUUCACGGGGUUUAAGUAGGAUCAAUGAGGAGGAAAAAGAUCCUGAGCUGUGAGUAGCAACGCCCAACCGUAUCAAAAACAUUAGUAGCUUCAGCAGGAUUCUGGAAAGUAACAGGUUCAUUUGACGGUAAAAAAAAAAGGUAUGCGCGCCGAUUUGAUGCCCACCACCCGGGAUGCUUUCCAAUGAUUUCAUAUACCUUGUUCUUUUUGUACCAUGAGUCAUGUUGUGUGUAUCUGAUCUAUGAAUAUAAUUCAGUUAGAAGUUGACGGCCUCUGCGUCUGUGUUUGACUGGAGGUCUGGAGCUUAUCAUACCAGAAUUCUAUGUAUUACCUUUGGGAGUAAAGAUUGUUCUACCCUAUUAUUUGCUGCCCUUGACAAAGAAAAUGUAUUACAUCCUCUCAGAAAGAGCACUUGUUGUUCCGUUCGUUAU